GCUCUGGGUGUAGAGCUGUAUGCCGUGGUUUUAAAUAAUUUAUAUAUUUUUUGGAAAACGUAAAUUGACUAAUGUUUUAGAAUAUUCUAAUUAAAGUUACUGGAAAGGAAAUACAAACUAGUGGAGAGAGAAAAAAUCAGACAAUAAAAGAUAGAGAAAAAAAAUAUAUAUAUAUAGAUAAAAAAGGCAGCGUAUCAAGUUUGAUCAAGCAUCCGAGCAUUGGACGAUAGAAAAGUGUGAGAGAGAGAGUAGUAAGGUAGCAGAAAAAAAAGAAGAAAGCAAGCGAGGCUGUGCACAAAAGUUAAACUUCGAAAUAAAAACUGAAUUCAAGGCGAGGGCUUUCACUGAUACAAAUUCCGAAUCUGAUCCUCCCCUGCACACCCCAGAAAAGUUCGAAAACCUAAGAAAUUUCCAUCAGCAUCCAAACCAAGAGAGGCAAGUGAAUUAGCAAUUUUUGGAGCGCGGUAGUCGAAAGUGUGCUUAAAGAAUUCCCUAGAAGGCCGAGGCACAUGGUAGACUUCAUCAACCCUUAGCCCAGGCCGACCACCAACAGCCCGCGGCCUGGCCACGAGAUUCCCACAUCUAUGAAAGAACAAUCUCAUGGUUCUAAAAACGUAGAGCGAUUGCAAGGGCAGUAGCCCCCACUCAAGGUACAAGGGAGACGCACUCUCAAAUCUACCCUUGAAGGAUAUAAUUCGCAAUACAAUAUUUUGUGCGGUGACAAUAGGACGCAAAUUCGAGGAGUAGGCCGAGCCCCAGAAGGGCAACCCAUACUGGAGUCGGGACUGAAUGAGAGCAAAAUAGAAGGAUGCCAUCACAGCUUUAGAGCAGGAUUCUCUAAUCCUGUAAGACGCCCUAACUGUGGACUUUAGAUGCUUUGCGACAUCCGCAAUCUGAGACUUCCAGUUGAGAGCCUCAUCUAACUGCAACCCUAAAUAUUUAAAUGUAGUCACCCGUUCAACAGACACGCACGAGUCCAAACACCCAUCAUUAACUCCAGGACAGCACCUCGAGUGCAACGAAAUCGUCCCACCACUAAGCUCUGAUCUCAAAGAGAAAAACAUAUAUUUAGACUUCGAGCUCAACAACAUUGAGUGUGCAUCAAGCCAUGCUUUGAUAACCUCAAGGUCCACCCUUAUAUCAUCAAGAAUACUACUAGUGUCAGAGCCAGAGUACGUGAUCGCGACAUCGUCCGCAUAUGCAGUUGGGAUUCCCCUCAAACCAAUUUCGUGUAUAUCAUUUAUGUAAAUAAUAAAGAGAAUAGGGCCAAGGAUCGAGCCCUGGGGCACGCCAGAGACCAACUCUCUAGGGUUACUGCAGUGAUUCCCAAUUUUCACACAUUGGGUUCUAGAGGUCAGAUAGGAAGCAAACCAGUCAUAGGCAACCCCCCUCACACCAAUGCAAAGCAAUUUCCUGAGAAGCAACCCAUGAUUUACAGUAUCGAACGCCUUACAAAUAUCUAUAAAUAGUGCCGCCGUCCUACAAUUAUCAUUAAUGGAAGAAGAAAUUCUCGUGAGAAACACCUCAAGUGCAUUUUCACAACCCCUCCCCUCUCUAAAACCAUAUUGAGAGUUUGAGAAGAAGGAGUGCCUGUUAAGAAAGCCAAGAAGUCUAACCUUCAUUAGCUUUUCAAAAAGCUUGGAGAAUAUUGACAGAAGGGAGAUAGGUCUAAAAUUUUCAAGUGCAUGUUUAUUGCCCUUUUUGAAAAUCGGAACGACAACAGCACGUUUCAGGCUCUCCGGAAAAAUACCAGUUUCUAUAGAUUUAUUGAAAAGGUAUGCAAGAAUGUCCACAACAUUCCAGGAGACACUCCUGAGGAUGGCACCAUUGACCCCAUCGAAACCAGUGGAAGAUCUCGGUCUGAGGUCAAACAAAGCCCUACGAACCUCCAUUGCCGUGGCCGGCGGCAGAUAAAUGGAAUCCGGGUUGGAAGCACAACGACUUGUUGGGGACUGGGCACCUCCCAUUUCAAUCCUGGAUGCAAUAUCAAGAGGCACAUUAACGAAAUAUUUAUUAAAUUCAUCAGCAAUUGUGUCUCGUUCAGAGACCAGGCGCCCAGUACCAUCCCGGAUGGAUUCCACAGAAACACCACCCCUUCUCCUAUUCAGGAUUUCAUUGAGGGUUUUCCAUGUCUGCCUCAUAUCCCCCCUCGCUUUGUCAAACCUCUCACGAUAAUGCACAUUCCAACUCUCCUUAACAGCCCUACGAACCUGUUUUGCAAUCUUCCUAGAAUAAGCGAAUAAUCUUUCAUCAUACGGUCGUCUCUUACUCAACUUCAACAAGCGAUUCUUCUCUUUGAUUCGUUUACAUAGUUCAUAUGAAAUCCAUGGUUGCUUUGGCAUACCCUUGCCCCUUCCUCUCCUGACCGACGAGCUUUGAUCCAGAUAACCCAAAAAAAUUUGCAAAAAAAUAUCAAAGGCGACAGAGACAUUUCUAGCCUCAAGAACCGCUCCCCAAUUUUCACGCACCAGUAAAUCAUUUAGUCUUUCAAAAUCUAUUUUACGUCGUGGAUCUAUAACAGGGGGCCCCCCGGGAGAAGGAAGCAAGCCCUCGACAAUCAAGUGUACCAGGGAAUGAUCCGUGAUGUUCAAGUGAAGAACCCUAGGUCCCACCGGGUUGGUGUUCGUAUUCGAACCACAUGCGUGUGAAUAUUUUGCUAUUUUCCAAUUUUUCCCCGCAAUCAAUUUUGUGAUACAAAAGUGCCUUAAUCCAAGUGGUUACAUCACAACUUCUUCCCCCGUAUAGUUGUCAAUCCGGGAGUUUUUUCUUCUCACCAUGAUCCAGCAUUCUAGGCUACUUGUUCGAUCCCUUGGGUUCCGCUGGUCGGCCCUUGGGGUCCGUGGUGUUCAUAUUGGGGAGGCAAAUGUCAUUGGAACACCUGUGAAUGCCUCUGCGCCAGAAUAUCAGGAAAACUUCACUAGUAUGACCCAGGUGGUUGAUGAGCUGAAGAAAACCACAGCGGAAGCACUAAAAGGUGGCGGAGAGGUUGCUGUGCAGAGGCAUACGUCGAAAGGAAAGCUCUUGGCACGACAGAGGAUUGAUCUUCUGCUGGACAAGGGUUCCCCGUUCCUGGAAUUGAGCACCCUGGCUGGGCAUGAGCUGUAUGAGAAGGAAGUUGUCAAUUGUGGGGGUAUUGUGACGGGAAUUGGAAGGAUUCAGGGGAGGGAAUGCAUGAUUGUGGCCAAUGAUGCCACCGUAAAAGGGGGUACGUACUACCCAGUGACAGUCAAGAAACACUUGCGUGCCCAGGAGAUUGCUCAAGAGAAUAGACUUCCUUGUGUUUAUCUUGUUGAUUCCGGUGGAGCUAAUCUUCCACGACAGGCGGAUGUUUUUCCCGACAAAAUGCAUUUUGGACGCAUUUUCUACAAUCAGGCCAAUAUGUCCGCCUUGGGGAUAUCCCAGGUGGCCGUUGUGAUGGGCAGCUGUACAGCUGGUGGUGCCUACGUGCCAGCAAUGGCAGAUGAGAGUAUCAUUGUACGUCAGCAGGGAACAAUCUUCCUGGCAGGACCACCACUCGUGAAAGCCGCCACUGGCGAAGUUGUUUCCGCUGAAGAUCUCGGUGGGGCGGAUUUGCACUGCAAAACAUCCGGUGUAACGGAUCACUACGCUACUGAUGAUCAGCAUGCUCUCUACCUUGCCCGCCAGGUGAUUGGAAACCUCAAUCAUUCCUCAUCGAAUGCCUACAGCGAUAACCUCAGCCUCUCUUCCACCAUUUCCGUUGGUGGAAGCCCUGGGGCUGCGGAGAAAAUUCCCAUUGAGGAGCCACGAUUCGAUGCAAAGGAAAUCUACGGCAUUGUGGGGUCGAAUUUGACGAAAACCUUCGAUGUCCGGGAGGUGAUUGCGCGCAUUUUUGACGGAAGUAGAUUCACGGAGUUCAAAAAGAUGUACGGAGACACGCUCGUGUGUGGCUAUGCACGUCUCUAUGGGAAUCUCGUGGGUGUCAUUGGGAAUAAUGGGGUUCUCUUCUCGGAGAGUGCCCUCAAGGGGGCCCACUUCAUUCAACUCUGUGCCCAAAGACGUAUACCACUGAUCUUCCUUCAGAACAUUACAGGCUUCAUGGUUGGACGUGAUGCUGAAGCGCAUGGAAUUGCCAAGAAUGGUGCGAAAAUGGUGACAGCUGUGGCGUGUGCCAACGUACCCAAAUUGACUGUCCUAAUUGGCGGUUCAUACGGUGCUGGAAACUACGGGAUGUGUGGUCGUGCGUACUCCCCGAGAUUCCUCUAUAUGUGGCCAAAUUCCCGAAUUUCCGUCAUGGGAGGCAGUCAGGCGGCUGGUGUUCUGGCCCAAAUUACAGAGGAGCAGCACAAGCGCAGUGGGAAACCCUGGACGGAGGAGCAGAGUGAGAAGCUCAAGCGCCCCAUUAUUGAGCGAUUUGAGCACGAAGGUUCCCCCUACUACAGCACAGCUCGUCUCUGGGAUGAUGGAAUCAUCGAUCCGGCAGACACAAGGCGCGUUCUAGGCCUUAGCCUAAGUGCUGCUCUGAACAAUCCCGGAGAUGCUACGCGCUUCGGCGUGUUCAGGAUGUAGUUGAGACGCAAAGCGACGAAGCACGAGGAAUGUGAUGCCAAAAAAAACUGUUGCAUUUACUUUUUACAAUUUUUUUGUGAACAGAUUUAUUGUUGAAUAUAAAAAUACCGCAGAUACUGCAAAAAAAACUUUAAGGCACCUUCCAUUGG